CACUUCAUAUUGCGACUGUGAAUUUUAACAGUAAACUGGUGAAAUUCUUGUUGGACAGAAAAGCCAAUCCAUUAGUCAAAACAAAGUUUGGGGUUACCGCUCUGGAUAUUGCAGUAGCCUUUAAAUUCACGGUUGUCAUUUUCUUGAUAACGAAGAUCACUGUUUGUGUCAAUCGUUUAAUAGUAUCUGCUGUGUUGAAGGCAGGAGAGACUGGCUGGUUAAUUCGGACUGCAACUGUCAUCUAACAGAAAGCCUAUAGGAGUGAACUGUUAUUUAAACAACAUUUUUCAAACAAUUUAAAACUAAACUAAUUGGUAUAUUUUUGUUAAUUUUUAUUUAAGUAUCAUUAUAACUCUGUUAAUCAUUUGUUUUUGAGCAUUAUUGAACAUUUAACUUAAGAUAUCAGCUCCUAGUUCCAAAUAUUAGCGUAUAAUAUUUGACUUACAGUUAACAUUGUUUGUUUUUGAGGUUUAAAACAAACAUUUCUAUAUAUCAUUUAACCUUUAGUUUUAAGUUUUCUCGUACAGUUUCAUUUGAAACUAUUGUGUGUAAAUUUUCAGUAUUAAGCGAUUUGUAUUUCUAAUAUUUUAACAUGGAGUGCCAAAAACAAUUUGAUGAUGAUUGUCAACUAAAGUCAAGCACUUCCAACAGUGAUGAACUAUCAACGAAUAUUCAAAUUGGAGACAGUAAUGUAAUGCAUGUUAAUGAUGCUUCAGAAGGAGCCUGUUAUAUACCUUCCAUUGAUGAAAGUGAUGGUACUAAAAGUUGGAAGGAUGAAAAGCUAAAAUUACAUGUAGAAGAUUUUCCAGUUGAUAUGAAUUCUGAGGCUAUUCGCUUGGCCUCUUAUCGCACAUGGCCACACUCUAGUCCAGUGAAUCCCAGUGCAUUAGCUAGGGCAGGUAUGUUUUACACUGGCAAUGGCGAUAUGGUAGAAUGCUUCUCAUGUCAUGGGCAGAUAAAGGAAUGGGAUUUCGGUGAUACAGCAAUGGGAGAGCAUAAAAGAUUGUUUCCUGAUUGUGCAUUUGUCAACGGGAAAAACACCAAUAAUAUUCCAUUGAUAAAGCCACCAAGUGAUGGGUCUUUGUCGUCUACUGGAAUCGGUAAUGGGACAACGGGCAAAGAAAAUGGAGAUAAUACAGGAGAGGGGCCAAAAAAGGGAAAGAAGAAAAAGAAGAAGAAGAAAAAAAAGAAAGAUGAUGAAGAUGAAGACGAAGCAGCAACAACAACAGAAGGCAGUUCCAUAUAUAACAUGGAUGAUGACCCACUAUUACAAGAAGCUAAUCGUGUACUGAAGAGUGAAUAUAAACGACUUUUGACUUACAUCUACUGGCCUAAAAAUGCUGCAGUGUUACCUGAAGACUUGUCAAGAGCAGGUUUCUACUAUUGUGGUUCAGAUGAUCGUGCCCAGUGUUUCAGCUGCUCAGGAAUUCUGAAGAAUUGGUCUCCGGGUGAUGUUCCAAUGGUUGAACACAGACGUUACUUCCCAAAUUGUCCCUUCAUUCGAGGUUUAGAAGUCGGAAACGAACCAAUGAGAACGAGUCGUACAGGCACUGAAUACGAUGAUUUGCCUCGUCCUAGCAAGACACCCUCUGCUACUUUACAAGCACGUAGAACAGAGAACUUGGAUACAUCAGCUGAGCAGACAGCUAGGUAUACCAGUAAUAGCGAAGUUCAGCAACCAGGCACGCAGAACCAGGCCAGACACCCUGAAUACUCUGAAGAGAGAACUCGAAUUGCUACUUAUACAAACUGGUCUGAGAAUGUUGUGGUAUCACCAGUUGACUUGGCUAAGGCAGGAUUUUAUUACACUGGUGUUAAAGACAACGUGAAGUGUUUUUACUGUGAUGGUGGAUUGAGGAACUGGGAGCCAACAGAUGAGCCUUGGAUAGAACAUGCAAGAUGGUUCCCUAAAUGUGCGUUUGUCUUGCAGCAGAGAGGUUCUGUGUUCAUGAAAUAUGUUACUUCACAAUAUCCACAGCCAUAUGAACCACACCUACCAGCAGACACACAUCAGUAUGUUGAAGAAAUACAACAGCCAAGACCACAAGUGCAACCUAGAGCCAAUGUGAAUGACGUGAUGAGAAGUGAUUUGGUACAAGUAGUGAUGGACAUGGGAUAUGACAGACAGCUUAUCAAGAAUAGCAUCAAACGUAAGAUUCGUCAAACUGGUGAAAGUUUCUCUACUACUCAUGAGUUGUUAUUGGCAGUUUGGGAUUAUGAAGCAAGUGGUGAACAAGAGGAUGAGGACGAGGAUGAUUACCCGCCACCACCACGGAAACUACCAGGAGAGAAGGUACCAGAUGAACCAUUGGGAGGCAACAAACUGUCUGAUUCUACAGAAAGCAGAAUACUGAAGCCUCCUCCAGCAUUUUUAGCUGCUGUUGAGGAGCCUCCUUCAGGUCCAGUUACAGCUGAAACUUUACAGCGACAGUUAGAAGACAUAAUUGAUGAGAAAAGAUGUAAAGUAUGCAUGGAUCGCGAUCGUUGUAUGUUAUUCCAGCCAUGCCGCCAUGUUGUCACGUGUGAGAUUUGUUCUGCUGCGCUGAGAGAGUGCCCUAUCUGCAGGAAAACCAUUAAAAGCACUGUCAAGAUUUAUAUGUCUUAA